AUGGCUCCUUCAAAGUGGGAUGACGAAGAGGAGAGUGUCUCUCCCCCUCCUGUGGUUGCCCGCCGCAAGUUCGACGAUGAGGAAGAGGAGGAUGUUCUCGACUCCUGGGACGCCGCCGAAGAUUCCGAAGUAGAGCGCGAGAAGGCCGCUAAGGCAGCGGAGGCCAAGGCCAAGGCCGAAGCCGAAGCCGCCGCCAACAAGAAGAGCAAGGCACAGCGGAUACAGGAAAAGAAGGCCCAGCGGAAGGCAGAUGCCGAUGCUGAGACUUCGGACGACAGCGAUGAGGACGAGGCCGAGCGGAGAGCCCGUCUCCGCAAGACCGAGAAGGAUGCUGACCUCAAGCACGCCGAGGACCUCUUCGGUGACAUCGACCUGAACCGUAUGCGCAACCGCAGCGCCCCCAAGGCCGUGGUCAUCAGUGACUCGGCCGACCCGACCCAGGCCGUCGAUCUCUCGGCUAUGCCUCUUUUCAAGCCCGCCACCAAGGACCAGUUCACCCGCGUCACUACCACCCUUAUCCCUCUGUUGACCACUCAGUCGAAGAAGCCCCAGUAUGCUCUGUGGGCGCAGGACUUCAUCAAGCAGCUCGUCAAGGACCUGCCCAGUGGUGAUGUCAAGAAGAUCGCUUCCUCCCUGACUACCCUCAGCAACGAGAAGAUGAAGGAGGAGCGUGCUGCCGAUAAGGGUAACAAGAAGACCAAGGCGGCCAAGACCAAGGUCUCCCUGGUCACUUCCAGAGAGAACCGGAUUGAAACCAACUCUUAUGAUGAUGAUGGGUUGGAUGACGAUGACUUCAUGUGA